CAAAUAACUUAUAAUCAAGAGAAUUGAGAGAUAAAUAAUUACAUCUUUAAAAUAGACCAAUAGUAUAAAAACAUGCAUCAAUGUAUAGACUUAAGUUUUACUUGAAUCUUUUUAGUGUGAAAUACGUUUUGUGCAGACGAUUUACGCAGUUAAGUAAUUAAAAAAAAAUGUUAUUCGUAUUAAAUCAAUAAAAUUGUUGAUAUAUAGUAAUUCGUUUCUGUUUUAGGUAUAAAAUGGCAGGAACUAAGGUGAACGGAAUGCACGGUGCAAAGGUUGUAAACUUUGAUCAUCUUACAUUUUGGGUAGCGAAUGCUAAAACGGCGUCUAGUUAUUUUGUUACAAGAUUUGGUUUUAGACCUACGGCCAUUCGUGAAGCAACUGAAAAGAAUCCCAUAAAUUCAUUUGUCGUUAGGCUUAAUAAGAUAACAAUAGUUUUCGAAUCGCCUUCAAAUUCUGAUGGUGAAAUUUCUAAAGAUCUAGUCGCACACGGUGAUUUUGUGAAAGAUGUAGCAUUUGAAGUGAAUGCAUUGGAUGACUUUAUAAAAACGGCAAAGGCGCGAGGCGCUGAAAUUAUAAAAGAUAUAACUGAGGAAAAAGAUGAAGAUGGUAUUGUGAGAUAUGCUGUAUUAAAAACCUAUGGUGUCAAUACUCACACGUUAGUGGAUAGAAAUAAAUAUAAAGGAGUAUUUCUUCCUGGAUUCGUUAUAACAAAGGACGAUGACCCUAUAAACAAACUAUUACCAGCGACAAAUCUUUCCUAUAUUGAUCAUGUCGAAGGCAACAUGGCAGAUGGCACGCUAGAAGAUUCUGUGACCUGGUACGAGAAACAUCUGAAUAUGCACAGAUUCUGGUGCGUCGAUUACACUCACGAUCUCGUUCCAUAUUCCUGUAUAAAUUCCGCGUCCGUUAUAAAUCAGGCAGAAAAUGUUCUCUUAUCAAUGAACGAAGCGGCAAAGGGCCUGCGACCUACGAGCAAAGCCACAGAAUUUGUGAAGGCUUUCGGCACCUCUGGUGUGGAGCACGUGGCCCUAUACACUGAUGACAUUGUCACUACUAUGCGAAACCUCAGAGCUCGUGGCGCUGAAAUAGUGACGUGGCCAGCGACUUACUAUGAAAUUAUUAAGGAAAAACUUCAAGGAACCUCCAUAAAAGUAAAAGAAACAAUAGAUGAGCUGAAAGAAGAAAACAUAUUAAUUGAUUUCGAUGAACAAGGAUAUAUGUUGCAAGCUUUUACAAAGCAUGUACAAGCGAGACCCACUCUGUUUCUAGAAAUAAUUCAAAGGACUAAUCACAGGGGCUUUGGAGCCAUGAAUUAUAAAUGGGUGUUCGAAGCGAUAGAGCAACUCGGCGAAAAAAACGAUUCAAACAAAACGGAAAAUUAAAAGUUAUAUAUGAAAAGAUUCACUUCAAAUAAUAA